AUGUCGACCCCUAAAAACCCCAUGAAUGGUCGAACCCCAACGGGGUCUAACGGAGCUCCGCCGAUGAGAAUUCGCCGCCCGAAAGUGGCAGACCCUUUGGUUCGACCGAAGAGAAAGCCCACUGCCAAACCUGCCGGGACUGCACCCUCAGGUAACGCGACCGCUACGAAGACCCUGCCUACGCACCCACCCGCAUCGAAUGCCCAGCCACCAGCGCAGCCGGAGAAGAUUCGUCUUCCGCCUACGCAGAACAAUGCCGCUGUGAAUGGAUUCAGUGGCCCCUUAAUUUCCGAAAAAUAUGUCGACUACCCGCUUGUGACAACUAAGCGAGCUCUACGGGAGGGGCUGAAGCAUCACAUUGCGAGGUUUGCCUCGAAGAAGAGUGUUGACCCUCGAGAUGAGUCUCAGUUUACGCGACCAGUUCGACUUCACCGCCGCGAUCCGCGAUCCAGAUCCAGUGAAGUAGACAAGGGCCAUGGCUUUGGGGAUGUUGGACCGGAUGGCCAGCCGUUAGCGUUGAACGAAGCGGAACGCGAAGCUCUUGAUGCGAGAAAAGUAGCGCGCGAGAAAGAGCGUGCUGAAAACUUGGCCCAAAUCGCCCCCGCUGUUGGAAUGGGCCCGAAACGAUCGAAUGGCCCCAAGCAAAAGACACAGCAGGUGUACAAGUCAGACUUGACUCCUGAGGAGGUGGCGAGGGCGCGACUCAAGUACGAAGAAGCGCUGCCCUGGCAUCUCGAGGAUUUUGACAACCGCAAUAUUUGGGUAGGAAAUUACGAGGCAGCCCUGUCCGAGACCCACGCGAUGUUUGUCCUUGAAAAUACAGGCAAAAUGAGGAUGGUCCCCGUGGAGAAAUGGUACAAAUUCAACGCCAAAAGCAACUUCAAGGCUUUGACGAUUGAGGAGGCAGAAAAAUACAUGGCCAAACGGAUCAAAGAUCCAAGAUGGUUCAUGGAAAAGCAGCAGGAGAUCGCCCAACAGAAGGAACUAGAGCAAUUUGCGAAACAGCGCAAGGUGUACGCCGGUAAGCAGGGCGUUGCUGCUGGGGGUGGGGAGGGCCUGGAGGCCGGCGAAAUGGACUUCGAGGAAGACCGCUUUGCCGACGAUGAAGAGCACGACGAUCUUUUCAAUGAUGACGAGGAUGCCAAGGCUGCCGAAAAGCGGAUCAAGGAAGACCAACUCAAAGCGAAUGUCUUCGAUCUCAAGGAGGAGAAGGAUUACGAGAACGAAGAGCUUCGGGAAAAGAGGGAACGAGAGGCUCGUCGCGUGCUAGGGAAGAAAGUGCGAAAGGCGCUUAAGAAGAGAGAGAGAAACUACGACUACAGCAGUGGGUCGGAUGCAAACCCCUAUACUGAUGACGAGAGCUCCGAUGACAGUGAAAUCGAGCGGCUGAAGGAAGAAGAGCGCAAAGCAGAGGAGGAAAAGAACCAGAAAGAAUCGGCGUCGUCUUCCAAAGGAACCAAUACCCCUUCUGGCCGCCCCAAGCAUACGGACGCCCUGAAAAAGAUUGCUGCAUCUCGCAAGCGUCCUGGAUCACCAAAUGCCUCCGAUGCUAGCGGCACUGAUACCUCGCGGAAGAAGGCAAAGAGCAAGCACCAGACCUCUCAGCCUGCAUCGCGCCCUAUGUCUCCCUCUAAUGCUUCGUCAGUCCAGACUGGCAAAAAGCGUGUCCGGAACAUCCCACCUGGUGCAUCUGGGUCUGGGAGUGAUGUGGAUGGAGGCGCCGGAUCUGCAGGGGAGAUGAGCGAGAGCAGCAAGACUAAAAAGCUGAAGUUGAACCCUCCGGCCCCAGGAUCCCGAGGUGGCACCCCCAGGGAUCACGAGCUGGAAGCCCUGCAGGCGGUGGCCGAAGCUUCUCUGGUAGCCGUGCAAGCAGUCCUGGUAAGAUAUUGUCAAGGUCGGUCAACCCCGGUACCAGCUGGAACAUUCCCUACACCGGCGGAGAUCCAUGCGGCCAUUCCACCGACAGGAAUUCUCAGCAGCGAUCUCCUGAGGAUUUUCCGUCCACGCAUUGGAGACGACCACAAGAAGUUCAUCUCCAUUGUCAAAGACGUCAGCGUCUAUGGGAAGGAGGACCGGAUGCUGCGGCCUGGUCCUUGGAGAGAGACUUAA